AUAUAGUGUGGUGUGUCCCUACUUGGCUUCUGCGAUAAGAGGAAGUGUAGCAGCACCACACAAAGAAACCCACCAACACAGUUCUGCUCAAAACACAAAAACAAAACACAGUGAGAGAGAGAGAGAGAGUGAGAGAGUGAGAGAGUGUGAGAGUGUGAGAGAGAGUGUUUUUGUAAUGGAUAAAAGCUGUCAUCCCUCUGCAGAGUCUACUAAUACUAGUAUAACCACAACCUCUGCUACCAACACCGCCACCAACACCAACACCAGGGAUCAAUAUCUCAGGCACCUCAACAAGCUUUCCCAAAAGAUCUCCAAACCCAUCAUUAAAAAACCCACCUUUGAUCAUCCUCACCCUCAGCCACCGCCACAGCCCCAGCCUCAGCCUCAGGCCCAACCUCAAAACCCAAACCCAAACCCGCAGGCCCAGCAGAACUUGCAGCAUCAGCCACCUGUGUACAACAUCAACAAGAACGAAUUCAGGGAUGUGGUUCAGAGACUCACCGGCUCGCCUGCGCACGACCGCAUCUCAACGCCUCCUCCCAUUCAACAGCCCAAGCCUCCCAGCUCGCGCCUCCAGCGGAUUCGCCCUCCUCCCUUGCCGCAGAUUACCAACCGCCCGCCUCCGCUCCUCAAUCCCAACACCCUCCCCCGCCCUCAACUCCCCAACGUCAACUCUAACUCCGUCUCCUUCAACAACUUUUCCGUCUUCGCCAGACCCCCCGCGCCGUUAUCUCCUCUCCCGCCCUUCCCCACAGUCCACGCGCCCGCUGAGUCCCCCAUCUCCGCCUACAUGCGCGAUCUGCAGAAUCUCGUCGGUUCAAACCCCAAACACUUCUCUGGCUUCUCCCCCGUGCCGCCCCAGCUUCACCCUCAGCAAGAACAACAGCAACAGCAGCAGCAGCAGCAGCAAUCGCAGCACCAAGCCAUGGUUCCUUUGCAAGCUUCGUUUCCGAUGCCGUCUUCUCCUGUGCCGUUUGGGUGCUUGAAUUCCCAGCUGGCGUCUUACCCUCUGCUUUCGCCGGGGCUUCUGUUUUCUCCAACUUCGGGACAGUUGGCGUUUCCGCCGCUUCCGCUUUCACCCACCGUGCCGGUUCCGAGCCCUCGAUGGAGAGGGCUUUGAGAGGGUGAGGUAUAUUUGGUUACAGCCAUGUUGAGUUAGCUCAGCUUUUAGGAUUUUUUGUGGGUGGAUGUCGUGUUACCUGUACAUGGUGCUGGUGCUAGAGGGUGGGAAUGGGGAUUUAUUCAAUUCGUGGUUGUUGGACUUUAACUGGUCCGCUGCUGCUUAGUUUAUUCUGUAAAUGGGAUAUCAAAGACAUCAAAAAGGGACAAUUUUGCAUUGGUGUUUUGGGGAUGCAAAAGCAAAUUAGAUGUUAUACAAUUAUAGUUGGAUUAUUAGUAUUA